AUGGCCAGUUUUGACAGCAUAUCUUUUAGGUUGUACUGUGACCCAUCUCUCCCAAGGGAUCUUUUGUCUUCUUCAGGGGGAAGCGACACCACCGAGACCCUCAAGACCUGCAUCGCUGCCAGCGACUGCUACGCCGGCUCCAUCAGCAUCACCACCGGGGCUGGAGUCCACAUUCGGAGUGUUUCCAGAUGCUGCCAGGAUGACCUCUGCAAUCAGUGGGCCCUAAACCUGCCACCGAUGAAUCUCAGCCCCAACGGCGUCCGUUGUCCCGUCUGUUUUGCCUUUGAGUCUAACCACUGUGAGGGGAAUGAAACCCUGACCUGCAUGGGAGCGGACAACCACUGUGUCUCUGUGUCAGGGACACUGAACAUAGCCGGCCACCUCUCCCCCUUCGCGGCAAGGGGUUGCAGCACAGCCACCGCCUGCUCUUUGCCCCUAGGGGUCGGGCUGUACUCCGCCGGAGUCAUUUUCACCCUGGAGAAGGUGCUGUGCAGCCCAGCGCCAAACACCGGCAGUCGGGGGAAGAAGCUAUCCCAAGGAUGAUGGCCCUGCAUGGCUCUCAGC